AGUUGAUCUGUACAAUCACGUUCAGCGCACCCCCUUCUAUGCUAACAAGGUCAGUCUAUCCAGUCCAUCUCAUCCCAUCACCUUUCGCUGAUUUGUAAACAGUGUGGAGACCGCAGCGAUGACCUCGCCUGGUUCAUCAACCGCGUCAACCUCGAUCAACCCGCCAUCCCCGCGUGGGCGAUCCAGAAAGACCCCACUCGCCGCACCGCGCGCACGGAAGCAUGGAUGAACAAACUCCGCGCCAGCAUCCCCGCUACAAGUCCAUACCCCGCCGACCUCCGCCUCGCCGACCUCCACGAGUUCGAAGACACUUGGUACUGCGCCAUCACCAUCAUGCAAGACCUCUACGAAGACGUGCGCGUGCGGAUGAACUCCGGGUUCAUCAAGUGGGACGAGAUCGUCCAUUCCUUCGGCAAGAUGGGGUCCUCACCCAACGAGCCGUGCCACGUCUACGACCUGCUCGAGUUCUGCUGGAUGAUGUGGUUCUACAACAACGAAUCGGAUUUCGUAUUCACACUCAAUGAGGCGGUCAAGCAUCGCAAUAAGCGCGAUCUGGGCGUCGCGUCGGGUCUCAUAGAUGUCAAUCGCCAGCCGUCGUCGAUUACGUUCGAUAUGCUGUAUCGGAAACACAAGCUUGAUCGGUAUGCGGAAAGUGAGAGGGAUGAGGAUCGCACGCUGGGAGAGAUCAGGGUCGCGUUGGAUGAGGAGUUGUGGAUUCGGAGGAUGUACGGGCACGAAGCUGAGCAACGCUAUCCCCUGAAUACCGUCAACACUCCGAAAUCCGCUGGCGUCAACACUGAAGCGACUGGAACUCCGCGAAGUGCUACGGCACCGGAUCUUCGAACGGCCAAUGCAUCGAAUGAUAGCAAGCACACUGUGGUCAACAAAGACGCUGCAGAGCCGACAGCUCCUCGACGCAGCGCUACGACAUCCCAACUCUCACCCCAACGUCGACGAAACGGAGCCAAUGGUGCAACACCUCAACGCACUCAAGAAGACCCCAUCGCGGCCGACCCAAUGGAAAUCGACCCCAUCGAGACGAAAGCCGCAACCACCCAAAUCCCCGCCAAACCCGCCCUCAACCUCAACAAACCCCUCCCCGCCAUCCCUUCUCCCAAACCCAAACCCUCCCGCAUCUUCAAAUCCGCCACCAAAGCCUUCAAACUCCGCGGCAACCCCCUGAAGAUCUUCACCAGCCACCCGAAACCCGCCCUCUCCUCCCCUCUUUCCUCCCCCACCGACUCCAUCCCCCUGACCCCCACCACCGCCUCCUCGUCUGCCACCGCCUCCACCAUCUCCACCACGCCCAACACCUCCCCCGCGGCGUUCGACAUUGCCGCGCUACCCGCAACCAAGCCGUGCAUCCGCCAGUCGUGCUAUCCGACCUCGCCGCUGUCGCCGGUGCAGGAGAUGGUGAGGGAGGAGGCGGAGGGGGAGGAAGGGAUAGAGCCAGAUGAGGUGCGGAGGGAACGGGAGAUGAGGGAGGAUUAUGUAUUGCCGAGGACGGUGUAUGUGCCGCCGGAGGGGUGGAAAAAGGAGUGGAAUUGGUAGAGAGGUGCGGGUGGUGACGUUUUGCGUUGGGAGGAGGGCAGGAUGCUGAUUACGGGGACGGGAGGUUGAGAAAUGUCACGGGUGGCUAAUUGAGGGGAUGUGAAGUUGGUGCUUGGACGGAUUGAAUGGUUGUUCAAGAGUGGAUGGCUUGGCUUGGCUUGGCUUGGCUUGUAGCAAUGGGGCUGAUUAAGCGCAUCACGAUUGGCAAGCUCCUUUUGAGCAUGCUGAUAGUUUUGAAGCGCGUGUAGACUCGCUCCGUAGGGUAGCCUU